AUGACGACAUCGGACGAAGACGAAGAACUACCUCGCAGGGGCUCGGAUGUCCACCUGACAAGAUCAGGCUCGGUGUCCUGCCGUCGACCCUCAAGACCUCGUCUCUCUUUGUAUAAUGUCCAGUACAACGCUCGUACUGGCCGACAAAGUAUUCCAACGCCCUCGGCGCAUAUCGGUGUCGGCGACAUUCGAGAAAACGCCAUGGGUUUUAUGGAGAGUCUUUUUUACGGUCAAUACGUGCCUCAGUCAAGGAGAGAAUCAAAAGCGACCCUUCAACAGCGAGUAUCGAGGACUUCCCAUUCCAUAGACACAGAAAAUCUAGUCAAUACCAUAUGCCAAGAAGAAACUUUUGAAACAGCAGCCGAAUCUGAUCACAUCGCAGAAGGAGAUGGCGAUGUGCUCUAUCCCGCACUGUAUCCAGUGGUUUUAUUCUGCCUGGAUCAAAGAAGUACUCCCCGCUAUUGGUGCCUUCGUUCUAUUGCCAACCCCUGGUUCGAAAGAAUUUCGAUUCUCGUUAUCCUUAUAAAUUGUAUCUCCCUUGGUCUUUAUGAUCCCUGCCAGAAUAAAGCCGGUGCUGAUUGCCACUCUACAAAGUGCCGAAUCUUGGAAGUCCUGGAUGAUGUUGUCUUUGCAUAUUUUGCCGUUGAAAUGGUUAUAAAAAUGAUGGCCAUGGGUGUUUGGGGAAAAUUGGGCUACCUUGGGGAUAGCUGGAAUCGCCUAGAUUGUUUCAUUGUCAUUGCCGGUGCGCUAGAAUAUUGCCUUCAUUUGGACAACAUGAAUCUCACCGCGAUCAGGACUAUCCGCGUUUUGCGUCCACUGCGCGCUAUAAAUAGAGUUCCUUCCAUGCGUAUACUUGUAAUGCUUUUAUUAGACACCUUGCCUAUGUUGGGCAAUGUCCUCAUGCUCUGCACAUUUGUCUUCUUUAUAUUCGGCGUCGUUGCCGUCCAGCUUUGGAAAGGAGUUCUUCGACAACGAUGUUAUCUUGAUCUUCCUGAAAACCUCGCUGGCAACGAGACGCAGCUUAAACUCGACACUUACUAUGGGCAGUACGAUGAAGAAGCGGUCAUUUGUACGACUGAUGGAAGCCAGGGCCUUUUUCGCUGUGCAGCGGGAUUCCUUGAGACCUACAGAGACUCUAGCGGUGAAAAAUGCACUGGUGGAGCUGAACUCUGGGAUGGUGUGUCCGGCCUCGACCAGAAGUAUAACGUGAAUGGAACGAACCAGUGCAUCAACUGGUACAGAUAUUACACAGGUUGUAAUAGCGGCCCAGAAAACCCAUUCAAGGGAGCCAUCUCUUUCGACAACAUUGGCUACGCCUGGAUUGCCAUUUUCCAGGUCAUCAGUUUAGAAGGAUGGGUAGACAUUAUGUACUACGUGAUGGACUCGCAUUCCUUCUUCAGUUUCAUAUAUUUUAUUCUUCUGAUCGUUAUUGGCAGCUUCUUCAUGAUCAACUUAUGUUUGGUCGUCAUCGCCACUCAGUUUAGUGAAACUAAACAACGAGAACAGCGACUAAUGGAAGAAGCUAGACUUAAAUUCAUGUCCAACGAUUCGACUUUGCAUUCGUAUCAACCCCCUGGCAGUAUGUAUACCGAGCUUUUGCGCGCAGUUGGCUCAUUAUUACGCCGCGUUAAACGUAAAAUCACAAGACUACAGCUUAUGAAUUCCCCUCACGAGUCAAAGGAUUCAUCUAUUCAUGAGGCUCCGAUGAGUUCUUGCCGAAGCCAACGGGUGACGACGACAUUUGUUACAUCAGACAUGGAUUGCUCGUGUUCGGAUUACGAUCCAGAAGAUAAAGGAGCUUUCGAAAUUGAUGCCGAAGAAGUGGUAGAUUUUCGCAAAAGCAACCAGAAUCGCCCGUGUUCGAAGACAACGAGCGCGCCAAAACGAGAACGCUGCAACUGGCUUUCAAAUACGUUCGGCACGUGCUGGAUGGUGGUUAAGACAGAGAUCGAUGCAAACUGUAAAAUAUUCAAGCGCAUUGUCGACUCGAAGUACUUUGGACAUGGGAUCAUGAUCGCCAUUCUGAUCAACACGUCGUCGAUGGGAAUCGAGCACCACAAUCAAAAUGAAAAAUUAACAGAGGCGCUCGAGGUAUCGAACGUUAUCUUCACAACCAUCUUCACUCUCGAAAUGGUGAUGAAAAUCCUGGCAGACGGGCUCUUUGGAUACUUGCAGAACUUCUACAAUGUUUUUGACGCAAGCAUCGUCUUUGUUUCCAUUUGGGAAAUCGUUGAUGACACUGACGCAGGCGGCCUGUCAGUCCUCAGAACUUUUAGACUUCUCCGAGUGCUUAAGCUCGUUCGAUUCCUACCUGCUCUUCGUCGUCAACUAAUUGUUCUCAUGCGCACAAUGGACAAUGUUGCUACAUUUAUGAUGCUCCUCUUUCUUUUCAUCUUCAUCUUUUCAAUUCUUGGAAUGCAUCUUUUUGGCUGCAAAUUCUGCUGGAUCAACAAGCAUUCCGAGACAGAAUGCGAUAGAGCGAAUUUUGACAGUCUUCUUUGGGCGAUUGUCACAGUGUUUCAAAUUCUGACCCAGGAAGACUGGAAUCUAGUCCUUUACAAUGGAAUGGCUUCGUCUGGGCCUCUGGCUUCUCUCUACUUUAUCGCGCUGAUGACAAUCGGAAACUACGUGCUCUUUAAUCUGCUCGUCGCGAUUCUAGUAGAAGGAUUCCAGGCGGAGGGUGAUGAAUUUGAAGAUGAAGAAGAUGUUUCUGAGCAGCUCGUUAAACGUCGAGAAACAAUUGCAUCUCGAAUUGCUGAUACACUGCCUGUUAUCACGCAAACUGAUGCUACACCAGUUAACUCUCGAAAUCCUUCACGGGCAGCAAGUUUGCGACAAACAGCAACGGCAAAUCACUCGAUAGAAGUAACAGAGCAUUUUAUUAACCCGACUGGAGCCGACGGGACAUAUUCGAACGGAGACGGCAACUCCAAUAAGGCUGAUUUGCUUAUCGUAAGCAAUCAAAAUGACCCUGUCAGCGCACAACCUAGCCCAAUACGAAAUCUUCUGUCACCUCAGCCAUCUCUGAAUCCCAGCAGAUCAUCCGUGUCCAUAACGACUUCCCACUCUGACAUCUCACGAUCUCGACCUCUUCCUUCAGAAGAUCAGACAACCCUGAUGAUGUGCACUCACUGUUUCUGUGGCCGCCCGCCUGCCUGGGUUUACAAUCGUCAGCGAUACUCCUUAUUCUUAUUCUCGCCACGGAACUCGUUUCGAAAAACGUGCCGAAAACUUACAGCUUCCAAAUGGUUCGACUAUUCAAUUCUCAUCUUCAUUUUUGCCAACUGUAUUACAAUCGCAAUGGAGAGGCCUACUUUGGCUGACGACUCGCCAGAGAGAGCGUUGCUCAAUGUAUCCAAUCAUCUUUUCACGCUUGUUUUCUUUAUUGAAAUGAACAUCAAAGUCCUUGCGCUUGGAUUUUACUGCGGCUCAGACGCAUAUCUCCGUUCUGGUUGGAAUGUGCUGGAUUUUCUGUUGGUCGUUUGCUCGAUCGUGGACACAUUUUUUGUGAUUUUAUCCGACUCCUCGCCGAAGAUUUUAGGAAUAUUGCGAGUAUUCCGUCUUCUGCGUACGUUACGCCCUUUGCGUGUUAUUUCACGCGCACCCGGUCUAAAGCUUGUCGUCCAAACGCUCAUCUCUUCACUAAAACAAAUUGGAAACAUUGUGCUCAUCUGCUGCGCAUUCUUCGUCAUCUUUGGAAUUCUCGGAGUGCAACUUUUCAAGGGGAAAUUCUACUACUGUGACUCGGAUGAUUUACGAGAUAUAAAAACAAAAGAAGAUUGUAUAAAGAUGGGUUAUAGAUGGCUCAACCAGCGUUACAACUUUGACAAUCUCGGCCAGGCUUUGAUGAGCUUGUUUGUCUUGAGUUCAAAAGAUGGCUGGGUGCAGAUCAUGUACAAUGGUAUCGACGCGUACGAGGUCGACAAACAGCCAGUAAGGAAUCAUAAUCCAUGGAUGCUUCUCUACUUCAUAAGUUUCCUCCUGAUUGUUGCUUUCUUCGUGUUAAAUAUGUUCGUCGGUGUGGUUGUGGAAAACUUCCACCGGUGUCGCCAAGAACACGAAGCAGAAAUGCAGCGCAAAAAGAUGGAACGUCGGCUGAAGAAAGAAAGGCGGCGAAAUCGCGAAUUGCGUCGCGCACAACGUCGCCAAGCGAGAAUAGAAGCCGGCCUUCAGAAGCAACAUUCCGAAAAGAAAGCGCCGAAGAAACUUGGCCGCUUUGGAAGAAAAAAAGUAACAGAGGAUGUGAAAUCCAAGUUUGCAACUGCAGAGCACACCCCGCAGCUCAACAACUACUCCCCCGGACGACAGAAACUUCACGAUAUUGUAACGCAUCGUUAUUUCGAGCUCAUCGUCGCUUCGAUCAUAGGAUUGAAUAUUCUCGCCAUGUCACUUGAGCAUUGGAGCCAACCGAAAAUCAUCGAUGACAUUCUCAUGUACUCCAAUUGGUUUUUUACCUUGGUUUUCGUCAUUGAAAUGUCACUGAAAAUAUUUGCACUUGGUUUUGGUGGAUAUCUUGCAGAUAAAUGGAACCAGCUUGAUAUGGUCAUAGUUUUUCUGUCCGUCAUCGGUAUUGUCUUAGAAGUACUCAAUGAAGGGCACAAGCUUGGUGUCGUUACUAUUCCAAUAAACAUUAGCAUCAUCCGGGUUAUGAGAGUUCUUCGGAUUGCUCGUGUGCUAAAGCUGCUGAAAACUGCCAAAGGAGUACGGAGGCUUCUCGAGACUGUCGCUCAUGCGCUUCCACAAGUCGGUAACCUUGGUCUCCUCUUUCUCCUCCUCUUCUUUAUUUUCGCCGCUCUCGGUGUUGAGCUUUUUGGAACUAUAGUAUGCGAUGAGGACAACCCGUGUGAGGGUCUCGGACGACAUGCUUCUUUUGCAAAUUUCGGUAUUGCCUGGCUCACACUUUUCCGCGUGUCUACCGGCGACAAUUGGAAUGGAAUCAUGAAGGACGCAUUGCGAGACCCAAGUUUGGGAGAAUGCAAUGAUGAUACAGUUUGCACUGAAAACUGUUGCGUUUCAGGAUACAUUGCGCCAAUCUAUUUCGUUAUCUUUGUCAUGAUGGCUCAGUUUGUUCUGGUAAACGUUGUCGUUGCUGUCCUGAUGAAACAUUUGGAAGAGUCGAACUCAUCAGCUGGAGACAUAGAAGACCCAGAUGCACCGGCAAAGCGCGUUGGUGAAAACGAUGUGCGAGAUGUUGCACAGUCAUCAAACGCGGCCAAUUCUUCUAAGAGUGAAAAACGCUCAAGUUCUCCAGGAGGCGGAGCAUCUUCGAUACCUCAAAUAACCGUGGAAGAAGUUGAUGAAACCAGUAGAUUCACAGAACCGACGGAAGAAACAACUCUAAUGAGUCAGUCGGAGUCAUCAAAAGUUACAUCUUCGCGCUCCCAAGGCCACUUAUACGAAAUUUGCAAGCCCGAAGCUGCCCAUAUGAUGCCUGACACUCCACCAAAGAAACUUGAGGUCGUUAUUAAAAAUCGAAAAGAGCGGCUGGUUUCUCAACGCGCUUUCGACGAGAUAAGCCAUGUGAUCUAUGAGGAAUCUUCUGAUUCGGACGGUCCGACUCAUCCUCGUCACAAGAUGAUUGACCGACGGCGCGAUAAGCUUCUUGGAGGAAUAAGGAUAGAUUCAAUAGAAGACCACGAGGGAUCAUCUUCUCCCCCUUACGACGAUACCAGACAGUCUGGCUCAAAUACCUCUCUCGACACAAUCUACCUCGCGGCACGGAGAGCUAUGAUCCUUGAUGGCUACAGCGAAGAUCGAGGAUCGUCGGUGGGAAACCGAGCGGACAAGAGCAGCGCGACGACCGCAACAACGCUGACUGUAGACACGGAAAUGCGUUUCAUCGACUCUCCGUGCUCGGUACAUCGCUCUCCCAACUCGGAAAGCUCGAACCAUGCGCCGCAAACUCAGUGA